AUGCGUUUGUCGCCGUUCUUUGCUUCACGGGCCGCAGUCUCUUCUGCUAUCAUUGCAACCACAUUCUUUACAUUGUCCGCCAGUGCGCAGGACCGCACCACUGAACAGGGCGAGGCGCAGAUCACUGGUAAGAAUCAAAAUAUCAUUCUUGCGUGCGAGUUACAGGCAUUAGCCAAGACGGUUCAGAAUGGAGAUGCAUACCCCAAUCAGGAGUGCACCCCAUAUUACUACGCGCCCGUCUCUGCUGCUCUCGCUGCGAACCAGUUCCCGCCUAUUUGGACAGUCGCGACCAUUCUCAGCAGUGACACCAAUGCUCAAGCCAAGUACCAGUCCAUCCAGAGUCAGAUCCCAAAUAUUCAGCCCAAGGGCACCCAGCCCGGCUCCCUCAUGGGUGACUUCAGCAACUUCACCCCGACGUAUCCUUCGUCUGAUCCAGAUUGCUGGUGGACAUAUGAUCAAUGCACUACUCCAAAAUUGGCUGGAUUACCUCCGGAUCUGGCUGCCGUCCCAGAGCCUGAUACUCUAGGUUAUGGUUUUGACGAUGGACCUAAUUGCUCCCACAACGUGUUCUACGACUUUUUGUCUCAAAAUGAGCAAAAAGCCACUAUGUUCUACAUCGGCAGUAAUGUCAUGGACUGGCCUCUUGAGGCCCAACGCGCUCUAGCUGAUGGUCAUGAAAUUUGUGUUCACACUUGGUCGCACAGAUAUACGACAUCUUUGACCAACGAUGAAGUCUUUGCAGAGUUUUACUAUACUAUGGAAGCGAUCAAGUUGGUGGUCGGCGUGACGCCUACAUGCUGGAGGCCCCCCUACGGCGAUGUCGACGAUCGGGUUCGGGCUAUUGCCCAUGCACUGGGCUUGCGCACUAUCAUUUGGAAAUAUGACUCCAACGAUUGGCGUGAAGGCGUGAACAACGUUACUGCUGCUGACGUCGAUCAGAAUUACGAGGCCCUCAUUGCUCGUGCACAAAAUGGCAGCUUCGCUACCGGCGGAACCAUCAUGCUCACACACGAGCUGAACAACUUUACCAUGUCCGAGGCUAUGAAAUUCUACUCCCAGCUGAAAGCUGCAUUCAAGUACCUCGUUCCUAUGGGUGUCGCCACGAAUCAAACUCAGCCAUAUGUCGAGACCAACUACUCUCUACCAUCAUUUGAUCAAUAUAUCAGCGGCACGACAACAGUCACCGGUGGUGUUCCAGUGGGUACAUCGGGUUCCUCUACUUCAACAGGGUCCGGAUCAUCUUCUGGACACAAAACCAAUUCCACUGGUGCUGCGAGCAGAGCCCUAUAUGACGGUUUUGGAAUACUUGCUGCAGGUGCAGCAUUCGUUGGCUUCUCCGUGAAACUCUUGGCGUAG